AUGCCACCGUGCGUUGCCCGUGUGCGGGAUGGUGGCUGUGAAGUGCACAUUAUCGUGUUUAUGGGAUGUAAAUCUGCGUUAAAAGGUGGUUUGCAGCAGUUAGCUUUAAUAGUGGAAAAUUUGAACGCACUUGGUGCUACCUGGUCAUCUGUUUGUCAGGUCUGCCCUACCGCACCCGCUGCCAUCAACCGCCUCACCUCUACCGAGUCCACCAGUGGCGUGUGCAAGCUAAUACAAGGACCGCGCUGUACUUCUGAUUACAAUUAUAACAAUCCAAGGCAUAUAUCCGCCUUGGUCAGAUAUUACCGACAUACCGUGAAUUCCCGAUCAGCGUUUGCUACGAUGGAAGGCCUUCGGACCAAGCAACAAUUGACAACGAGGAGAACUACGUUGCUCGCUUCGUUGAGCCGCGCCGAGCAGUUCAUGGAACGAUACAAUGAGGAACGGGACAAACUCGAGGCAUCCAUACGCUUGGAAAAUUUGAACAUGCUUUGGCAAGCACUGGAGGAAGUACAGACGGAAUUAGAGGAUGGCGAGGAAACGAAUGAAGGUCUGGUGAGAAAUUUAAAUUUCCGUGCACAUUUUGAGCCUAUGCUCUUCAAAAUAAAAGCUUUCCUUUGCUCUAAAAUCCCUCCUCCUAUCAGUUCACACAACGAUCUCCCUCACAACACAAACACAGGGUCCACCUCCGCUCUUCACGGUCUAAAACUGCCUACAAUCUCGUUACCGGAGUUCUCUGGCGAUUAUAAGGACUGGCUAGCUUUCCACGACACAUUUUCCGCGCUCAUACACUCGAAUCCUGACGUGGCAGAUAUCCAAAAAUUUCAUUAUCUACGCGCAGCUUUAAAAGGGGAAGCAGCGCAGAUUGUUGAAUCCAUCGGAAUUAGUGCCGCCAACUAUAAACUGGCAUGGGACUCUUUAACCAACCGAUACUCCAAUGAAUAUUUACUUAAAAAACGCCAUCUUCAAGCGCUGUUUGAUACUACAGAAAUGGCAAGGGAGACUGCCUCAACAUUGCAUGCGAUUGUUGAUGAAUUUGAGCGACAUGUGAAGAUUUUGGGACAAUUGGACGAGCCAGUUGAUUCAUGGAGUACUAUUCUGGAGCAUCUUCUUUGCACACGUUUACACGCUGACACGUUAGCAGCUUGGGAGGAUCACGCAUCAACUUUAGACAAGCCCACCUACAAGUGUUUAAUUGGUUUCCUUCAGCGUCGCAUGCGGGUACUGGAAUCGAUUUCGGUCAAUCAACACCAUGCAAUUCCAUCCGCAUCCUUAGCAUGCAUUGGUGAUUCGGAAAAGACCAUUCAUGCAAAUGUUUUGUCUCAUGUAGCGACUGAGAAUGUUCCGUUUAAAUGCUAUGUCUGCGACCAACACCACCCCUUAAUAAAGUGUUCAAAGUUCGAACGGCUCCCGAUAGCCGAGAAAAUGAGUCUAAUGAAUGCCAAUCACUUGUGUCUGAAUUGUUUCCGUGCCGAUCACUAUGCGAGAAACUGUACAUCCAGGUACAGUUGCAGAUUUUGUAGAAGACGUCACCACUCACUCAUCCAUUCAGCAUUUGCCGACAACUUAAGCCGAGUUAAUCAAAAUACUGUCCCUUCAUCGUCAGGAAGUUACCCAGUAACAUCGACACAAACGCGCGAUGGUCCCAUUAAUGAAUCUUCGGUGUUUUCCGCGACAACUGCCGUCAAAUUAGCGAAACCUGGCCACCAUUCACCGCUGCCUGAUGCCGAGAAGAGUAUUUUAAUGCUGACGGUGGUUCUGGUUGUAGUCGAUCGAUAUGGGAAGGAACAUUUGGCUCGAGCUUUGCUGGACUGUGGUUCGCAGCCAAACAUAAUUUCCGAAAGAAUGGUACAAAUCCUUCGGUUAAAGCGAAAAAGGGCGAAUGUGCUUAUUCAGGGAAUAGGCAACCAGCCACAACAUGUAACUCAAUCCGUUUCCACGCAAGUCCGGUCUCGCAAGGAAGAUUUCGCGUUGGAUGUGAACUUCUUGGUUUUGGAAAAGGUAACGUCAAACUUACCAGCCUGUGACGUGCUUAUUGAUGACUGGUGUCUUCCCGAGAAAUUAUUUUUGGCUGAUCCAAAUUUCAACAAACGAGCCGGUAUUGAUAUGAUUAUCGGAAAGGAACACUUUUUCUCAUGUUUUAAAACAGCUGCAAGAAUUGAGCUCUCCAAUUCCCUGCCGACUUUAGUGGACAGCGUCUUCGGAUGGUUAGUUUCAGGAACAGCGACUGUAUUUCAACCCUCACAUGAAGUUUUGCAUCACUCUGUUACCGCUGUUUCACUUGCUACCCUCGAGGAAAGUCUAGAACGGUUUUGGGAAACAGAAGAGCUGCCAAACCAAUCCAAUUAUUCCAUCGAUGAGCAAAACUGUGAGCAGUUAUAUGCAGCGAAUGUUGCCAGAGAUUCUGAGGGAAGAUACGUGGUGCGAUUUCCCCGCCACCCCAACUUCGAAGAAAUGCUUGGGGAGUCUAAAGCGGCUGCACAGAGACGUUUUGAAUCCCUAGAGCGAAGGUUGUACCACGAUGACCAGCUGCAAAAAGAAUAUAGUAAAUUCCUUCAUGAGUACAUAGCCCUUGGACAUAUGCGCCUGGUUCCAUCCCACGACAAAUUUGUUUCCAACCAAUGUUUCCUCCCACACCACCCGGUUGUUAAAGAGGCAAGCACGACAACCAAGCUUCGCGUCGUUUUUGACGGAUCAGCCAAGACGUCAUCAGGUCACUCUCUUAAUGACGCACUGCUGGUAGGACCAGUAGUACAAGACGAUUUACUAUCAAUCAUUCUAAGAUUUCGUACAUCUCCUGUAGCAUUGGUCGCGGACAUCGAAAAAAUGUACCGUCAAGUAAAACUAAAUACCGUUGAUACACCAUUCCAACGUAUAUUAUGGCGCUUCUGUCGGCAAGAACCAAUACAAACUUACGAACUUCUAACAGUUACCUACGGCCUCGCUUCCUCGUCGUUUCUUGCAACUAGAACCCUCCAACAGCUUGCCGACGACGAAGGAAGGUCGUACCCCUUGGGAGGCCCAGCUCUACGUAAAGGCUUUUACGUGGAUGAUUUCAUCGCCGGAGCUCAAUCAGUGGAAGAAGCAACACAACUACGAUCUGAGUUGAAUGAACUGUUAUCCAAAGGCGGAUUUUCUCUGCGAAAAUGGACAUCGAACAAGCUCCAGGUUCUACAGGGCCUUUCGGCGGAUGAAAUUGGAACUCACUCAUCUUUGAAGUUCGACAAGAAUGAAACUGUCAAAGCUCUUGGCAUCUCAUGGGAACCUCAAAGAGACAUAUUGAGAUUCGAUACUAACAUCAGCCAGAAAGGAAAGUUGACAAAGCGAGCAAUACUUUCCGAAAUUUCACAACUUUUCGACCCUUUGGGUCUGAUCGCUCCAGUUAUAAUACGCGGUAAAAUUCUAAUGCAACACCUGUGGUUGGAGUCCUGUGGAUGGGAUGAUGAAGUUCCCGAGAACAUAGCUACGAAAUGGAAACGAUACUCCGAGCAGCUACCAUUGCUAACUGGUUUCAGAGUGAGCCGCUAUGCCGUUCUGCCGAACGCCGAGAUUCAACUACACACGUUUGCAGACGCCUCCGAAACAGCCUAUGGAGCAUGUACAUACGCAAGAUCCGUCGACACUCAGUGCAACAUUUCAGUACAACUGUUGGCGUCAAAAUCUCGUGUAGCACCGCUCAAGCGGGUUACUCUUCCUAGGCUGGAGUUGUGUGCUGCUGAUCUUGCCGCAAAACUCCAUUCCAGGAUAAUCCAAGCACUGCAGAUCAACAUCGCCUCAUCGUUUUUUUGGUCCGACUCCAUGGUUACAUUACAAUGGCUGAAAUCUCCACCAAACACCUGGAAAACCUAUAUAGCCAAUCGAGUGUCGGCUAUUCAGACUGCUACCCACGGAGCGCAAUGGAAACAUGUUGCUAGUAAGCAAAACCCAGCUGACCUAGUAUCACGGGGUUUGGAGACAAGUGAACUAUUAAACAGCGUAGUUUGGAAACAUGGUCCCGCCUGGUUAUCUCACAUCCAAGAACAGUUUCCUUCAUCGAGCAUUCCUGAUUACCCCAGCGAUGGAAAAGAAAGACGAAAGGUGGUAGUUGCUAGCGCCAAAAUAGAACCACUGCACAAUCCCUACUUUGCACGAUUUUCAUCGCACAAUCGACUUGUUCGCGUUACAGCUUAUUGUCUCCGUCAAGGAGUUGACAAACGCCCAAUCGAUUCUCAGGAGAUCAAAGAUUUGACAAAGGACAGAACAGUUUCCAAGCAUUCCUCACUUCGACUUCUCAAGCCUUUUGUAGACCCGGAGGGAACGAUAAGAGUGGGAGGGAGGUUGAGAUUGUCUGAGCAGCCCUACAUUCAUAAACACCCAGCCCUUCUACCAAGUUUCCAUCCCUAUACCCGCCUCCUCGCUAAACACUAUCACCUGAAACUUAUGCACGGUGGUGGUCGGCUUACUCUUGCUGCCAUGAGGGAGAAAUAUUGGCCAAUAAAUGGAAGACGCCUAAUGAGAAGCGUUAUCCGAGGGUGCUACCAAUGCGCCCGAGUGAGUCCCGUUCCUGCGAGUCAAUAUAUGGGGCAACUACCUCUAGCUCGAAUUACUCCAAGCCGCCCGUUCACUGCUAGUGGAGUGGACUAUGCCGGUCCAAUAUAUUUGAAACCUAUCCACAAGAGAGCAAACGCAGCGAAGGCAUACAUUUGUAUAUUUGUUUGCUUUAGUACAAAGGCCGUUCACAUUGAGUUGGUAAGCGACCUCUCCACGCCAGCCUUUAUAGCCGCGCUACGACGUUUCAUUGCCCGGAGAGGUCGUCCAACUGACAUCUUCUCGGACAACGGCAAGAACUUCGAGGGUGCCAAAAACGAGCUCGAGCAACUAUACCACUGGCUCGGAGGCAACGAAGGGGAAGCCAUUCAGUCACACUGCGCCAACGAAGGCAUCAAUUGGCACUUAAAUCCGCCAAAGGCUCCCAACUUUGGCGGUUUAUGGGAAGCUGCAGUGAAGGUUGCUAAAAAUCAUAUGUACCGCCAGUUGAGAAAUUCCCGUUUGUCAUUCGAGGACUUGAACACAGUCCUGACAGAAAUCGAAGCCGCAAUGAAUUCUCGACCAUUGGUGCCGCUUUCCGAAGAUCCGAACGAUUUAUCCUGCCUCACUCCGGCCCAUUUUCUAAUUGGGUCGACAAUGCACUUCAUACCAGAAACCAAUAUAAUGGACGUUCAGAUGAGCAGAUUGAACCACUACCAAUCCAUGCAGCGUCUAUUCCAGCAAUUUUGGCAUCAUUGGCGCGGCGAGUAUCUGCAAGAGAUGCAAAAAUGCACAAAAUUAACCGGAGAAAACAAUGAGCUACGUAUUGGACGCCUCGUGGUUAUCGUCGACGAAUUUCAGCAUCCAGUGAAAUGGCCGCUCGCGAGAAUUCUCUCCAUCCAUCCAGGACCGGAUCAGCUUACGAGAGUUGUAACACUACGAACCGCUCGCGGCGUCCUAAAGCGGCCGAUCACUAAAAUUUGUUUGCUCCCUUGUGAAUCCUACGACGAGUCUGCAGCAAAUGGUUCAGCGCAUCGUGACACCAGUGUGAUGAGGCCGAUAAAUCACGAUAAUGAGCGGACGGCUUCAGUCGCUUGA